AUGCUGCAAGAUAAACCUAGGCUUGGUACAUUGAUGGAAGACGAACUUCAUGUAGAAGGUGAAGCUUUCGAACCUUUGAAAGAUAAGUCUAAAGAAGUUGAAUGUGUGGAAGUUGAACUUGUGAAAGAUAAAUUUGUAGAAGGUGGUAAUGUGAAAGUUGAGCUUGUUGAUAUAGAAGGUGAAGUUAGUGAAGCUAUUGAAGUAUAA